AUGCUAUCAAAGAAUUGGCUCUCGAAGACACGUGAAGACGAGAAAAAUGGCCAUGAAAUUCUGCCACAUGUGGAAAAUUGGCUCCAAAUGGUUGAUGAACUUGAAGGCGAUUUAGGAAGAUUCAAAGAGGAUGAGACCAACAGGAACAAGAAGUGUCAUGGUGGAUGGUGUCCCAAUCUGAAAACUCGCUAUUCAUUUAGCAAGAAUGCCAAGAAGAAUGCUGCAAAGCUUGUGCAACUGAACGAGCAAAAACAUGAGGCCAUAUCCAUCUCUACACCUCCAUUGAAAUUUGCGGAACUCUUGGCAACAAAGGGCAUCAAAAGCUUUGAGUCUCGGAACGAGAUUGUAAGAGCUGUCAUUGAGAAACUCAAGGAAGAAGGCUCAGAGAAGCUUUUCCAUAAGAUCGCGACGGUGACUGUGUCUCAAAAUGUAAAUUACACAAAUGUCCAAGCUGAGAUUGCUAGUAGGCUUGACUUGACUUUUGCUGACAAGGACCCCAUGCUGGAAAGGGCGCAAAAUCUCCUUAACAGGAUAAACAAAAUCCCUGGAGUCUUGAUAGUGCUUGAUGAUGUUUGGACGGGGCUAGAUCUUGAUUCCAAUGGAAAUGAAGAUAUUGCCAAGCAGUGUGGUGGAUUACCCAUUGCUAUUAUGACUGUUGGAAAAACACUUCGUGGGAAAAGGGACAAGUAUGUUUGGGAGAGUGCACUUAAAGAUUUAAGAACAUCAUCGGCAUCUUUCUCAAAAGUGGAGAAGUGUAUCGAGCUGAGGUACACGCUGUUGGAUAAACGGAAUGCAAAGGAUCUCCUUUUUUGGUGUUGCUCAUUUCCUGAAGACACUGAUAUUCCUAUUAAGGCUCUUUUGAGGGAAGGAUGGGGUCUUGGAACAUUGUUUCAAGACAAAUAUUUCAUUGUAUGA